GCCAGAAGUAACAAUGGAAGACUUGGCAUGAAUGCGCCUACAACCAGGAGAAACGGGGGAACACUUCUUAACCAAUUUUAAGAAUGCAAGGAAUCGCUGUUUUGUAAACUUGAUAGAACGCGAGUUUGUUAAACUUGCUCAAGGUGGUUUAAAUUUUGAGAUACGUAAAAAAUUUCAAGAUAGAGAAUUUUAAGAUCUGUUCCAAUUGAUGUCCGAUACUGUUAGGUACGAGUCUCUUCUCCAUGAAGAAGAACAUAGGAGCAGUGGUUCUCGUGGGCAAUAUUUUCCUAAUUUUGAAAACUAUGGUGUUAAUCACGUCGGCAACGAUGUUGAUGAGGUUAAAGUUGAUUUGGCUGAGAUUGUGCAAGAUGCAAUCGAGAAGGGUCGGCUCAAGUUUCCAGAGCCGAGGAAUGAGGCCAUGAUUGUCGACAUAGACCCUUUUCCCAACGUUAUCGGCAUCAACAUCAUCAAUCCUGACUUCUCCAAGCUCAAUCUGCCAUGUUUCAAGAUGGUGCUGAAUACGACACCGCCGUCGAGUGUGGCCCAAGGUGCUUCAUCCUCGCAAGUGCAAGAGGGGCCACACUUGGAUCCAACUGAGGAGGAGAAGUUGUAUGCCCAAUGUCGCGGAAAGCAGAACAUUGGGGAAGCAAGGCCGAGCCAGUCGGUCCACCAGAGAUUGGGACCAUGACAGUUCAAACUAAGAUUGACACGGGGAUCCCUCACUAGCUAGUCCGGUUGCCCAACUCAUACAUAUGAGUAUCCAUCCAGGUUUUUCUUAAACUUAAACUUAGUUAGGAGAGUCGUAAUGAUUCAUCCCCUAACAUCUUAAACUUCUCGUGGUGGCUCUUCACCACGAUUUUCAUGAGCAUAACUGCUGGUCAUCUUAGAAGUCUCAAUAGCAUAAAUGCUGCUCUAUCUCAAAAUCUCAAAUGGCAACGACUGACGCUGGUGACUAAAAACACUUAAAAUAU